UACGUUUAGUAUUGUUGAAUGCCAACGGAACGAGGGUCUUGUUGAGAAAGAUCAAAACGAACGCAUGAACACGAGAUUUCACGACGACAUGCAGCGCAUCUCUAUCGCCGAAACGACAUCCAAGCGAGCAAGUCCGAGCGGAACCUCACCGGCUCCAAUGAAGAAGUCAACCACGAACGGCAAGGAAAAUGACAACGAGGAUGAUUACUCGGCGUCAGUUUGCGCGAUUAUGCAACAGCGAAAUUCGACACGACGACAAAGUCGGCGGAAACGACGUCCGUCGUCGCCGUUCGGCGUCGACAACGUCGACGGCGUCGCGCGCCGUCGGUCCUCGGUUUACACCACGAGCUCGGGAGACACGAUAAUUACGAUGGAAGAAAGCAGUAAUCAGGAGCAGAUUUUUGAGAAUGUCAGUGUGCACAAAGAAGUUCUAAGUGCUAUAAAGCAACAACCUUGGCCUCUCCGACGAAAGAUCAAGCUCGUACGGCAAGCUAAAGCUUAUAUCAGACGACACGAAGGCGCUCUGCAGGAAAGACUCGCUCAAAGUCGCAACACUAAAGACAUCAUAGCACGCGUAUCGCUUUUCAUGACUAAGAAGUGGCAGUAUUUCCGACGUGAGCUGGUCAAUCUGCAAACGUGGCUCAUACCCUGGGAGGUUCGUAUCAUGGAAAUAGAAUCCCAUUUUGGUUCCGCUGUUGCAUCCUACUUCAUUUUUCUCCGUUGGCUCUUCUGGAUCAACCUCGUUAUCGCAACAACUCUUACGGCGUUCGUUGCGAUACCUGAAGUGUUGACUGCAAACGCGACUCUUGCCGGCGAGAGAAAGAUCAUGCUGCAGGAAGAGGCUAUCAAGUCGAAGGAUUUGUUAACUUUAUGGGAAUUCGAGGGUGUGCUAAAAUAUUCCCCAUUUUUCUACGGAUGGUACACCAAUCAGGACUCGAACAGCAAUUACAGAUUACCAUUGGCGUACUUCGUCACUAAUCUGGUCGUGUACAUAUACAGCUUCGUCGCAAUUCUGCGCAAAAUGGCAAAGAACUCGCGUUUGAGUAAACUGACCGAAAAGGAAGACGAAUAUGUCUUUUCGUGGAAACUCUUCACGGGAUGGGACUUCAUGAUUGGUAAUCCGGAAACCGCGCACAAUCGUACAGCUAGCAUUAUGGUGGGUUUCAAAGAGGCCUUACUGGAAGAAGCAGAAAAGCAAAAGGACAAGAGAAAGGUUAAAUAUGGCCAGUUACAGACUACGUUUAGGCGAUCACCUGUAAGUCUUAUGAAAUUAAAGGUCAUCAAUGCUAACACAUGUCGUAUGUGGUUCAUGAACAGUAAAUUUGGAACACAGCCGACGUCUAGUUCCCUCAAUGACAUCAUAAAUGAUAGCCAUUGCCACUGCGACUACUGCGGCUUUCGAGGUGAAGCAGUUACAGUGCAAUAUGGCAUCACUUAA